UACCCCACGAAAAUGCUGCUCCUCUCAACUCCAUGGCCGGCCAUGGCCAUGGAAAGCUCACCAAGAUGCAGCUCCUUCCUCCCUCAAGCUCAUCCUCACCAUGAGAGCCUCACCCUCCAUCUUCUCCCCAACCCUUGAUGGUUUAAUCUCCUCUUCUUCUUCCUCCAUUGCUAAGAUUGGAUCUUUAUGCAGGUGCAUGUUGGUCCAAGCAUGGAGAAGGUUGAGCAAUCCUCAGAUCUGAAGUUCUUGAGCAAAAUCCAAAUCGAGUGGUUCAAAGUUCUGCAGAUAGGUAUUGAAAAUAUCUACAACUUGGCAUUGGUCUCAUCCUCAAAUUCGUUACGGAUUUUGCAUGAUCAAGAUCUGGUCAGAUCUGACUUUGUCGAAUUAAACCAGGAGCUUGGAGACGAAUUUUUGAAUGAAACCAACUGGGGGAUAAUUGGUUUAUACCAUGGUGAUAACCGAGAGAGGCAAUUGCUAAGUUGUGAUGCACUCAUACCUCUACUAGAUGCGAACAAUUCCGGAGAAGAAGAAGAAGUGGAAUCGAACGAGGAUUUUAUUUAUAUAUGUUGUUGGAAUUCUUAUAUGGAUGGAGUUGAAGAAGUACAUGGACAAAUAAGCCAAGGCAAGCCAUCUUUUGAUCUCUGAUUCGGUGUCUAGUUGGAUGUCAUUUGUUGAUGUCCAAAGCACCUUAAUUCUAUGUGUGUUAUUCUCUCUAUUUAUGUCAUCUAUGUGUGAUUGCAAAUGGGGUACUCCCUAGUGGUGAUACUCCACUAUUGUCUUUGUGAUUAUGGGAUGCAUGGUAUCAUGGCCGUGCUAUUCCUCUUGAUUAUCUUGUAUGCUCAACUUGAGCAUGUUCCAUCUCAAGAUAGUAACUUACACCACAUCCACCCCCCCUUGUAGUAUAGAGGUAUCAAUGUCAUGAUC